GCGUGGGCGCCCGGGAGCCCGGUGGGGAGCGCGCGGCGGGGCGGGGAUGCCGGGCGGCCGGGAGCCCCUCGCUCCGGCUGCAGCGAGCCGCUGCGGGCGUGGGGCAGCCCCUGCCCCUGGCGUGGAGAGCGCCAGCUCCGCCGAGGAGGCAGCUGAGCCGGAACUCCAGCCGCUUGGGGACUGAACUGCAGCUGCAGAAGCAAGGAGUGGACCUUUCCAGAUGCAUAUGGGGUUGCGAGAAACAAAGGGAGAAACUGGAGAGACCAAUGAAGGAGAGUCUGUGGCACAACAUGGACUGAACACCGGACUUGGCAUUACAGAUUCAGUCUGAUACCUAACUAUAACAUUCCAGCUCUGUGACAAUAGACAUAACUUGAGCUUCAGCUUCCACACAGGGUAUCAGCGGCUCUGCAAAGUGGUCAAAUCUGUUGAUGGAUUGAAACUGGUAUUUGAAAACAGCGAGUGGUCACAUUCCCUCCACCUCCCUGGUACAGGUUUAAUAGGAAAAACUUGCUUUCUGCAAACAACUGAAAAAACUGUCCUUGGAAACUGUUUCUUUGGCCCACAUGGAGCAGCUGGAACUUAUACUGUGAGGCCCUUGAUGGGACAAGCUCUCACCCCCUGAUCGGCCAGAGUGAUUGUCACCAUGGCCAGCAAGAGGAAAUCCACCACCCCAUGCAUGAUCCCCGUGAAGACCGUGGUGCUGCAGGAUGCCAGUGUGGAGGCCCAGCCCGCUGAGGCUUUACCCGAAGGACCCCAGCAGGAGCUGCCCCCUGAAGUGCCUGCCAGCAGCAGCGAGGCUGCCCAGACGUCCGGCAGUACCGAUGGCACCGCCCUGGCCAACGGGCACCGGAGCACUUUGGACGGCUAUUCGUAUUCCUGCAAAUACUGUGAUUUCAGAUCCCAGGAUAUAACCCAAUUUGUGGGACAUAUGAACUCAGAGCACACAGACUUUAAUAAGGAUCCAACUUUUGUAUGCACUGAAUGCAAUUUUCUGGCAAAAACUCCUGAGGGGCUUUCUCUGCACAAUGCCAAGUGUCACUCGGGGGAAGCCAGCUUUGUGUGGAAUGUGGCCAAGCCAGACAAUCAUGUAGUCGUGGAGCAGAGUGUCCCCGAGAGCACCUGCACUCCCGAUCUGUCGAGCGAGCCCAAUGCCGAAGGGACCGACGGACAGGCCGAAAUCAUCAUUACCAAAACUCCAAUCAUGAAGAUAAUGAAAGGCAAAGCUGAAGCCAAAAAAAUUCAUACACUCAAGGAAAACAUCCCCAGUCAGCCUGUGGGUGACACGGCCUUAUCAAACCCAUCAGCCGGGGAGACGGAGGUGAAGGAGGGGGACCACCCCUUCGUCAAUGGGGCGGUUCCAGUCAGUCAGCCGGCCUCCACCUCGGCAAAAGGGCCGCAUGCGGCCAACGGGCCUCUGCUGGGAGCGGUGCCGGUUCUGCCAGCCGGCAUAGCGCAGUUCCUCCCCCUGCAGCAGCCGCCCCCCGUGCACGCCCAGCACCACGGCCACCAGCCGCUACCCACGUCCAAGUCCCUCCCCAAGGUGAUGAUCCCCCUGAGCAGCAUUCCCACCUACAACGCAGCCAUGGACUCCAACAGCUUUCUGAAGAACUCGUUCCACAAGUUCCCCUACCCAACCAAAGCUGAGCUUUGCUAUUUGACUGUGGUCACCAAGUACCCAGAAGAACAGCUCAAGAUCUGGUUCACAGCGCAGAGGCUGAAGCAGGGCAUCAGCUGGUCCCCCGAGGAGAUUGAGGACGCCCGGAAAAAGAUGUUCAAUACUGUCAUUCAGUCCGUACCCCAGCCCACGAUCACCGUCCUCAACACGCCCCUGGUCGCCAAUGCUGGCGGCGUCCAGCACCUCAUCCAGGCCGCCCUCCCAGGCCACGUGGUGGGGCAGCCGGAGGGCACGGCGGGAGGCCUGCUCGUCACUCAGCCGCUGAUGGCCAAUGGGCUGCAGGCGCCCAGCUCGUCCCUGACGCCCGCCGUCACGUCGGUGCCCAAGCCGCCCGCCGUGGCGCCGGUGAACACCGUGUGCGCCAACACCGCGUCAGCGGUGAAGGUGGUCAACGCGGCGCAGUCGCUGCUCACGGCGUGCCCCAGCAUCACCUCCCAGGCCUUCCUCGACGCCAGCAUCUACAAGAACAAGAAGUCUCACGAACAGCUGUCCGCCCUGAAAGGAAGCUUCUGUCGGAACCAGUUCCCGGGGCAGAGCGAGGUGGAGCAUCUGACCAAAGUGACUGGUCUCAGCACCAGGGAGGUGCGCAAGUGGUUCAGCGACCGCAGGUACCACUGCCGGAACCUGAAGGGCUCCAGGGCCGUGCUGCCCGGCGACCCCGGCGCCAUCGUCCUCGACCCCGGGCCCGAGGCACCCUUCUCCCCGUCAUCGUCCACCAAGGCCCCCGAGGGGCCCUGCGUGCCGCCAGCUGCCGCCCUGGCCGCCCCGCCAUCUGCCAGACGCCAGGCCUGGCACCAGACCCCCGACUUCACGCCCACCAAGUACAAGGAGCGAGCCCCCGAGCAGCUCAGAGCCCUGGAGAGCAGUUUUGCACAAAACCCCCUCCCUCCCGAUGAGGAGCUGGACCGCCUGAGGACUGAAACCAAGAUGACCCGGAGGGAGAUCGACAGCUGGUUCUCGGAGAGGCGGAAGAGAGUGAGCGCCGAGGACCCCAAGGGGGCUGACGAGGGUGCUGCCCCUGAGGAGGCAGCGGCCGCCGAGGACGAGGCCACAGAAGACGAGCUGGCGGUGGACCUGAGGGUCCCCGGCGAGGACGGCGCCCUGGAAGGGCUCGGCGGCCACGCGCUGGCGGAGCGCAAGGUCAGCCCCAUCAAAAUCAACCUCAAGAACCUGCGGGUCACUGAGGCCAACGGCAGGAGCGAGCUCCCGGGGCCGGGCGCCUGCGAGCCCGAAGACGAUGGGCCCGGCAAGCCGGCCGAGCAGCCCCCCGGCAAGGCGAGCUGCAAGAAGACCGCCCAGCAGCGGCACUUGCUGCGCCAGCUCUUCGUGCAGACGCGGUGGCCCAGCACCCAGGACUACGACGCCAUCAUGGUCCAGACCGGCCUGCCGCGGCCCGAGGUGGUGCGCUGGUUCGGCGACAGCAGGUACGCCCUGAAGAACGGCCAGCUCAAGUGGUACGAAGACUACAAGCGGGGCAACUUCCCUCCGGGGCUGCUGGUCGUCACCCCUGGCAACCGGGAGCUGCUGCAGGACUAUUACCUGGCGCACAGGACGCUGCGCGAGGAGGACCUGCAGAGCCUCUGCGACAAGACCCAGAUGAGCCCUCAGCAGGUCAAGCAGUGGUUUGCGGAGAAGAUGGGCGAGGAGACCCGGGCUGUGGCAGACACGGGCGGUGAGGACCAGGGCGCCGGCGAGCCUGCAGUCGUUCACAAAGGGACAGGGGACGCGUAUUCGGAGGUGUUGGAAAACAGUGAGUCGUGGGAACCCGGUGCCCCUGAGGCCGGCUCAGAGCCCUUUGACGCCCCGAGUCCCCAGGCUGGACUUCAGCUGGAAACAGACUGAAUUUGAACUGAUUACUCUGAAGGACUGGCCAGUCCGGGAUGCCGCCUGCCACGUGGAAGGGCUCAACCCGACUCUCUGCUGCCACAUGCUGUUCCCAUGCUCGCUGCCGCCGCCGCCGCAGGGCAUGCACCAGAGCUUCUGGGGGCCUCGCCGCCAGCCCGGAGCCUGCCGCCACCCCCGGCCUGCCACCACCGAGUCCUCCAGCGGGGAGAGUAGAGUGCUUGUCAGUUCUUCCUCCCACCGUGUAGGACCUUUCCUUUGCCUUCCAGUGGAUUAAAUGGUUCAGAUUUCA